UUUUGGGUGGUGUGGGAAAAUUCUGGAUUUCUCUGGACAAAUGUUGCGGGAUUGAUGCACACACAGUUUAAUGCACGUCAUGGGGAAAAUGAUGACCCCUUUUCUGCCAGCAUGAUUGGUACAGUCCAAGUCUCAGUCAAUGGUGUUUUGAAACCUGGAUGGUGCUAGAAUGUGCCUUUUCGAGUGAGGGAGGGGAGGGGGCUGUGGUCAUAGAAAUGCGGUUUAUUCAGUACAGCAUCGUCACUAUCUGCGUGCAGCAUCCCAGACAGGUGCAGAGAAUACAGGCUAAAGCUCUAAAGAGACACUAAGACUUUUUUAAGUAAGCCAAAUAAGAUUCAAAGCUGUGACCAUGACCCAGGGAAAGCUUUCAGUAACAAACAAGUCAGACAAUGGCGCUGAUGCUCAGCCUGUGGCCUCAGCUCCUCCAAGUUACCAUGAAGCAACUACUGGUGGCAGUCCUUGUUAUAGUGGAGCUUAUCCCGAAGAUGGUGAGAUGCUCACAGAAUUCAGCUGGGAUGACCGAAAGAUCAGGAGAAUAUUUAUCCGCAAGGUGUACAGCAUCCUGAUGCUCCAGCUCUCUGUCACAUUUUCCUUUGUGGCUCUUUUUGUUUUCUGUAAACCCGUGAAAGAUUACGUUCAGACCAACCCUGGCUGGUACUGGGCAUCAUAUGCAGUGUUUUUUGUCACAUAUCUGACCCUGUCCUGCUGCCGUGGACCCAGGAGGCAGUUCCCAUGGAAUCUGAUUCUGCUCAUGAUCUUUACUCUGUCUCUUUCUUACAUGACAGGAAUGCUGUCCAGCUACUACAAUACUAAAUCUGUCAUCAUCUGCCUGGGUAUUACUGUCUUGGUCUGUCUUGCUAUUACCAUCUUUAGCUUCCAAACUAAGAUUGAUAUUACUUCAUACCAGGGUGUGCUGGUAGUCUUUUGUACAGUAGUGUUUAUUUGUGGAAUUGUCCUGGCAUUCAUCCUGCCCUUUGGAUAUGUUCCAUGGUUGCACGUUGUGUAUGCUGUCUUGGGAGCAAUACUGUUUUGCAUGUUCCUGGCAUUUGACACACAGAUGCUGAUGGGAAGCAAGCGAUACACCAUAAGUCCUGAAGAAUACAUCUUUGCCACCCUCAGCAUAUAUCUGGACAUUGUUUACAUCUUCUCUUUCUUUCUCCAGUUGUUUGGUACUCCUGAACGGCAGUGAAAGUGCUAUUUAACCUGCUGUUUGAGUGUCUUUUGUCCCUCUGGUCUGACUGAUCCUAUCUUCUCAAGCAUGAUGUGGAUCUUCAGUGCACGUUGUUGUGUUUCCGGUAACACUUUUCAAUAAGGUUCAUUAGUUAAAAUUAGUUCACUAACUUAGUUAACAUAAACUAAGAAUGAAUAAACUUCUAAAGCAUUUAUUAAUCUAAGUUAAUAUUCAUUUCAACAUUUACUAAUACAUUACUAAAAUCAAAGGUUGUAU